UUUUAGGAGAAUAUCAUGCACGCUGGACUUUGUGUGGUCCCCCCCUAUAUCAUCCUGGCCAGAUGUGAGCUGCCUGCUACAGACAACUCGCCUCCGGAGAAGACUGUCACUUCUUGGAUCUGUACAUCCAGCACAGCCGCAGAGAUGACUGCAAAAUAUGUUUUGGCACUGGUCCUCACUCUGCAGGUUUCCAUGAGCCUGUGUCAAGGUCCCGAACCGUCAAAAGAGCUGGUUGGUAUUUACAGUGGACACAGAGACAACUUCUACAAGAGGUUGGCGGUCUUUGCGGAGCACCUGCAGGAGGUCUUCUCUCCUGUGGUGAACGCUUUCCACUCGGACCCCAGGGGCCAGGCAGCCAAGGAGCACGCCGACGCCAUCCGCGAGAAGCCCGAGUUCAAGGCUUUCAUAAAGAUCGUCCAGAACCUGGCGAAGGAGGCAGAGCCCCUAGUGGAGACGUUGCGUUCGAGGGCCCUGGGCGCCUACGAGCACCACCUGCGCGAGCACAUCGGGCCCUUCCUGAAAGACAGCAUCGACAACAUCAAGGUGGUCCUGGAUGAGGUGCUGCCGGCGCAGAAGAGCGCGUAGGAAGAACGCCGACUGGAACGAGCCACGCGUCCGCAGCCGCAGCAGUAGAUGAUAGCUGGUAGAAACUACACCUGAUUAGACCGGAGAGGAGCCGUGCACAGUGCAAACACCUUUAAAACCUUGAAGAGCAGAGCAAACAUGUCAGCGCCGCCCAUCGUGCAUGUGCAGUGUUCUUUGUUUGAUACACUAACCAGCAUCUGUGUGUGAUCAUGUAUGUAUAUGUGUAAAUGUGUUCAAUAAAGUGAAGUGGAAACUA